CCUUAAAGUCGUAACCCAUCCCUCUCCCUUCUUUUACACCGUUCCAAAAAUCACCACCAUCAUCAUACCUUUUACCGAUGAUCCUAGCACUAUGCGUGAAACUGAGCUUCAGAUCCUUUUUGAUAGUAGCAGGGUUAGCCCGGAUCCCGCCAUCCCAGAGAUAGAUAUCGUGGCAGUACAUGGGCUCAACUUUAGGAAUAACCCCGACCAUGCGCAAGAUACCUGGAAGGCGGGCAAAUGUCUAUGGUUGAGGGACUUUCUACCUGGAAAACUCACGAAGCCAGCUCGGGUCAUGCUGUUCUCCUAUAACUCUAGCCCUGCCUUGGGUGCUUCAGCAAUGAAACUCGAUAACCAUGCCAAGACUCUGCUCCAGUUGCUUGAGCUCGAGAGAGAGAAGGCACCACAAAGACCACUCGUAUUCAUCUGUCACAGCCUUGGCGGCUUGGUUGUUAAGGAGGCUCUUAUCGAAGCAAGUUUAGACGAUACACGCAAGCCCAUCCUCCAGGCGACCAGACUGCUUGUUUUCUUCGCCACACCCCAUCGCGGUGGAAACUACGCCAACAUUGGUGAUAUUGUUGCCAAGAUAGUUAGAUUUGGUUCAGGCAACCGACGUGAUAAUAAGCUUCUCGAUGAGCUCCAAAAGAAUUCCGACAGCGCGAACAAACGGUUUGUUCAAUCGCGACAUAUAUAUGAGCGAUGCCUCGUUGUGAACUUUUUCGAAGGAGAAUCAUAUGGCAAGUUAGGAAUCAUAGUAAACCAGGAUUCUGCGACUCUAGGACUGCCUGGGCCCCGAGAGAAGCAAGUUCCAGUAACUGCCGACCACAGCUCUAUCUGCAAGUUUGAUUCGAUUGACUCGUCAAACUGCAGGCUCGUGUUGGGAACCAUUGUGAAGCAAAUUGGCCUCGCGCUAGAGACUGAACGUAUACGUUUAGCUAGAAAUAUGCACUGGAUCGUCCCGCGGUCUGCCAGUCCGAUAUUUACCGGUAGACGGGACAUAAUACAGAAAAUUAGAAACGCUGUGACUUCCUCCCGAUCUCAUACCCAGAAGAGAUUUGUCUUGACUGGGAUAGGCGGCAUGGGCAAAAGUGAAAUUUGCCUCCGGGCGGCCCAAGAACUUCGCGAAGAAUUCUGGGGCGUGUUCUGGGUAGAUGUUAGCAGCAGCUCUACUGCCAAAGCAGGGUUCUCCGCCAUAGCAAAGAAGCUGGGGUCAAACGGAACAGAGAUUGACGACGCUCGACUUGCUCUUUCUAAUGUCGACCCUAAGGACCACUGGCUCCUCAUCUUGGAUAACGCCGACGAUCCAACUGUCGACUACCAACAGUACUGUCCUUCUGGCACUCGAGGCGCAAUUAUCGUAACGUCUAGAAAUCCCGAAUGUCGUACUUACGCGACGGUUGGUGCCAUAGAUCUUAGCAGCCUAGACAAAGAGGACUGUAUUAGCCUCCUCUUGCAACGGAUAAAAUCCACUUCAAAUCUGCUAGAACCGAACCACCACGAUGCUGCGAGAGUCGUUGAUAUCUUGGGUUCACAUACGCUUGCUAUAUUGCAAGCUGGAGCGUAUAUUGCGCACAAAUAUUGUUCCCUGGGGGAAUAUCCCGACGUUGUGCAAAAGAAACGCGAACAGGUGUUUAAGUUUAACUUGACCCAGGACCAAUCGAGAUACCGCAAUGUGUAUGCUACUUUUGAAGCAUCGGCAGAGAUUUUGGACAGCAUGGAGUCGGAGCAGGCUCGAGAUUCUUUAUGUCUCCUCCAAGUGUUAUCGCCACUGCACUAUGAAAAUAUGCCUCUGGAUCUUUUACAUGACGCAUGGAAUGGCGCGCAAGAACUUCGGGAAGAAGAUCGAGAUGAUGAUGAUGAUGAUUAUCUCAAGUACCUGACCGAUGAGCACGUUUCGCAGCUUCCGGAUUUCCUUGAACCACAUAGUGAUACUUGGGGUUCAUUUCGUAUGUUGCAGGCUGUGAACCUGCUCGAAUCUCUUGCUCUGAUUAGAAAGAGCAACAUCGACAAAUGCGACACAGUGUCUAUGCAUCCACUCGUCCAUAGCUGGAUCAACCUCCGUCAAACACAGACCGAGAGAGAGGAAUCCCUGGACAAGGGCUUAUGCAUCUUCGCACUCUCUUUUUACUGCCAGCGCCAUUGGCAGCCAUAUCGUGACCGCAUAGGCCCCCACCUAUUGCCAUUUCUGGAGCCGAGUUCACUGACACAAAAAAGGUUGCAUGGCUACUUGUUACCAGCAUACGUCCAAAUCGGCUGGCUAUUAGACCGAUUACGAUAUGAUCAAAAGCUAGAGGAACUUCUGAAAUAUAUCUUUACCGACCUAGACAUCAGUCGUGACACCCCCAGCGAAAGGUUUUUAGUUCUUUACGACUUGAGCUCAAGUAACGCUUUCGAGCAGAGAAAUCUAGAGCUUUCAAUCAAACUGUUAAGGCAGAUAAUCCAGAUACAAGGAAUGAAACUUGAUGAAACGCAUCUCGUUCAGCUCGGUUCACGACAUAGGCUUGCUAGCUCAUAUCUAGAAAACGGGCAAAUACAAGAAGCUAUUGAUCUAUUAGAAUACGUUGUUCAAAUUAGAAAGACGAUACUUAGUGAGACACAUCCCGAUCGACUUGCUUCACAACAUAUGCUUGCUAGCUCAUAUCUAAAAAACGGGCAAAUACAAGAAGCUAUUGAUCUAUUGGAAUACGUUGUUCAAAUCGAAAAAACAACACUUAGUAAGACACAUCCCGAUCGACUUACUUCACAACAUAUGCUUGCUAGCUCAUAUCUAGAAAACGGGCAAAUACAAGAAGCUAUUGAUCUAUUGGAAUACGUUGUUCGAAUAGAAAAAACAACGCUCAACGAGAAUAAUCCUAGUCGAAUUCUUUCUCAAGAGUUACUCGCCAAAGCGCGUCAAGCUUAUGCUGAGAUAACCGAUCCACAACCCGCCUCUACCUCGUCUGCGACAGAACAGCGAUUUGAGUCCGAGGAAAAGCGCCAAAGGUGGUAUAAACCAUCAAGGGUUAAGGGGCUUUUCGAAAGCAUGAAACACAAAACGGGUAGCAUACCCCUCGCUAGGCGGACUGGGCGAGUGGCAAUGGCUUCUCAUGGGAGGGACCCCGAGAGGGUGGACGAAGACUCGAAAGGCUAGGCGGUGUAUUUUCCUUUGUAACUGUUUGCUAUUUCGAUACCUGUAUGUGUUUCUUUACUAAAAUAUUACUUGGGAAGGCGUAUGGGGUAUAUCCUUAUGAUUGACUAACUGUGGCAUGCCGGCGUUGGGGGAUACACCUGCGUAGGUAAAGGACAUACAUGUGUAUUAGCAGAGAAUAGAACUCACGAUUAUGAUGAACCUACAUCACACGAUUGGAUAUAAGCACCGACUGCGCUACUAGCGCGGGGAUUCAUUUUUGCUAAGAGGU